GGACCGACCAGUCUCAAUUAAAUUCCGUGUUGGAGACGUCCGGCUAUUUGGGGAAUAUAAAGAGGUCCCGUUCAGGCAAUGUGUUCAACGGUUAACGAAGAACAAUUUUAUUUUUUGGCAGAUAAGGUCAGUAGAAGCAGCCAUUAGAAAGAUUGAAAUUUGACUUUGAUUCGAGCUGAGAUCCUUCUAUGUAUGAUUACACAGAGGGGGAUUGGAUUUUCUUGAAAGUCAGGUUUUUAUUCCCUUGUUUCUGUUAGGUAGUGAUUUUUGAUCAUGGCCACAAUUGAUAUGGCUGGGGAAGCGCAGCCAUUUUUUCAUGACUUUCUGGGGAUGACACCUAAUGGAGAUGCAAGCAAGCAGCAGCAGGAGAUUGCCGGCUUCCGCAUUCGAAAUGGGUCUCGCCAUGCUUCUGCUUAUGCUCAGCCUGACCUAGAGGGGGAAACCUCUGUGAAAUCUUCUUCACGGGCUAUUAUUGACAUUUGCGCUGAGAACAGUGUGUGUUCUGCGCCGGCAAGGCUUACAGGAGGGCCGUCUCUCGCUUUUGCUGACCCGAGUUGUUCAAGCAGGGAUUCAGAGAGAUUGCUGGUGGAUAAGUCUAGAAGUGGGAUUCUGUCACAUGGCAAUAAAAGUGCCUUCCGUAGGCCUGAAACUGACAGCAAGUCAGCAGGGAAGAAGAGGGACAGUCCACCCUCCACCAGUGCAAACACUAUUGAGCAACAUACGAUUCAGAUGACAGUGGAUAGAACCGAGACUACUCGCUCCCCCAAGAUGGCCAAAUUUGAGUCCAAGGAAGACAGGGUACCAAAUUUAAAACAACAUAAUGUGGAUGAUUUUCAUCUGGCAAUGCAGCCACCAAAACCAGCUUUAUCUUGCCCCAGUUUACUGCAACCAUCAUCUUCCAAGCCCGAUGUAACGGUUUCCAAGCGGUGGGAGACCUCUUCAUUAUAUGGUCCUUCUCGCCUUGGCAGAUUGGGAGGAUAUGAUGAAAAGAUAUCUUGCACUCCAGCUGCAGAUAAUGCUACUGUGCCUUCGUUCGCGCAGCCUGCAGCAGAUGAGGGUUCUCGGACUGGAUUGCAGGGAUCCGGCAUUGCAAACCUGGUCAGCAAUGGUCCUUGGACAAAUACCUGCAAAAGUACAGGUGCCCCUGGGCUUUCAGGCUCUAGGUCAAAACCUUGGUCCAAGAGCGCUGGAUCAGACUCUGUUCUUCCACCCAGCCGACAGAUAGGUGCAUCAGCUAGCAGCCAGUUGACUAUCUUCUAUGGAGGACAGGCCCAUGUUUUUGAUGAUGUUUCUCCUGAAAAGGCAGAUGCAAUUAUUGGAUUAGCUGGAUCGAGUGGGCGAUCCUGGUCUACAACUUAUUCUUCACAGACAAGAUCUAGCUUACAACCCUCUGCUACUGUACCAUUUGCAGGUCCAAGUACUAAUCAACGUACAUUAAGGAGCUUGCAGGAAUCUUCAGGCUAGGAAUAUUAAAGAUGGUCACCUACUCAAGGAUGGUGUAUUUUUAGUUGAUUUACAGUUUCCUUCUUUUAACCAUCAUCAUUGUUUCUCUGAAUAUCUCAUAUUUCCUUGAGUGGAAAUUAAAUAUAGAAUUCUUCUGUCUUAUUGUAAAAAAUUCAAUCAAUUUCCACUAUUAUCUCUGGAAAACAUUAUGCCUGGGAUUUUGCUAUCUCUCUUAUUAGUGCCUUCGUUGUCGUGGAUGGUAUCAUCCAAAUUUAAUUGAAGCAUUAUAUUUAUGAGAAGGAAGAGUAUAUAUAUUAUAAACCAUUUUUCAAAAUUUA